AACUACAACUACAUACACACUUUCAUAUUUUUGUUGUUAAAGUAAACAAAAGUCCUUUUAAUUAAUUAAUUUAUUUAUUUAUUUUUGUGUUAGUUUUCGUGUGUUGUGUGGUGUCAUUUUGCGUGUAUCCUUUUGGACUCUUGCCAUUUCAUUGCAUCAUCCAUAAACAAACUGUCUCUCUUAUCUCUCACUACAUCCAUGUCGGCCAUCAUCUCUUUCCUUUGAAUUCAAUCCACCCACAGAUUCCAGUAAAAUUCUCCUCUUUUUUCUUCUAAAUUAGGAUCUCACUGCACAGAAUACAGAUUUUUGGAUCUUGAACUGUUUUUUUCUCUUCUUUUUCACCCCAUUAUUCUAUAUAAAAAUAAAAUAAAAAGUUCAUGUUUUUAAAUGAUUCAGUUGCAAUUUUCUUACUGUCUCAUCAACCCUUUUUUCAAAUUCUCUGUUUGAACCUUCCUCUGUAAAACACAGAACAGAAAAAGAAGGAAAAAAAAAAAUUGGUGGGUAUGAACAAUUUCCAUGAAAUUUCAAAUUUUGAUAAACAUGGCAGCAACCCUUUCAUGGAGUCAAUGUUUUGGAGACAAAGCAGUUAAUUGUUGUCAAAAUUGAAGAAAAAAUAUUUUUUUUUUGAAACCUGACUGAAUUAUGAGUCUGUCAGCAAAAUUGAAGACUCGAGAGAAGCAGUGAGCAAACUGAGAUUUUUUUUUACUGAAUUUUGUGGACACGUGGCAAGCAAUUUUCUUCUUGUUCCAGCGGUUACUGUGAUCAUAUAUGACUUUUCAGAAAUUUUGCAGUGAAAGUUUUUUGAAGAUGAAUACAUUUAUGGAUUCAAGGGAAAAUAAUAAUAAUAAGUCAUCAGAAGAAGUUGAAAGGUGUUUAGAUCCUCAGCUAUGGCAUGCUUGUGCAGGUGGAAUGGUUCAGAUGCCAACAGUGAACAGUAAAGUUUAUUACUUUCCUCAAGGUCAUGCUGAACAUGCAUGUGGACCUGUUAACUUCAUCAAUUGUCCAAAAGUUUCACCUUUGAUUCCAUGCAAAGUUGUUUCUAUCAAGUACAUGGCUGAUCCUGAAACUGAUGAGGUUUAUGCAAAGCUUAAGCUUUUUCCUUUGAGUGGAAAUGGAAAUGGAAAUGAUGUUCAAGAUUAUUAUUGCAAUGAUGUUGUUGAAAAUCAAGAUAAGCCUGUUUCAUUUGCAAAGACAUUGACUCAAUCUGAUGCUAAUAAUGGUGGAGGUUUUUCUGUUCCUAGGUAUUGUGCCGAGACGAUUUUCCCUCGUUUGGAUUACGCGGCUGAUCCUCCUCUUCAGAACAUUUUGGCUAAAGAUGUUCACGGCGAGACGUGGAAGUUUAGGCAUAUUUAUAGAGGGACGCCGAGGCGACAUCUUUUGACUACUGGUUGGAGUACUUUUGUUAAUCACAAGAAGCUUAUUGCCGGGGAUUCAAUUGUGUUUUUGAGGGCAGAAAACGGUGAUCUUUGUGUUGGGAUUCGUCGAGCGAAAAAGGGUAUCGGUGGUGGACAUGAGGAUCCUUCAGGGUGGAAUCCUGUUGGAGAAAAUUUUCCUCUUCCUUGGUUUACACAGAAUGAGAAUCAAAUGAUGAGAAACAUUAACGACAAUAACAGAAACGGUUUGAACUCAAGCCCAAAUGUAACGGGGAGGGCAAAAGUUAGGCCAGAUGCGGUCCUGGAAGCGGUAACUCUAGCUGCGAAUAAGCAACCAUUUGAGGUUGUUUACUACCCUCGCGCAAGUACACCCGAGUUUUGUGUGAAGGCGCCUUUAGUAGAGGCGGCAAUGCAGAUGCGAUGGUGUUCUGGAAUAAGAUUCAAGAUGGCCUUUGAAACCGAGGACUCGUCUCGAAUUAGUUGGUUUAUGGGAAUUGUAUCUGGAGUUCAGUUUGUUGAUCCCCUUCUUUGGCCCAACUCACCUUGGAGGCUUCUCCAGGUUAAAUGGGAUGAACCAGAUUUACUGCAAAAUGUGAGAAGGGUAAGUCCAUGGUUAGUUGAAUUGGUUGCAAACAUUCCUUCCAUAAACCUUUCCCCUUUCUCGCAACCAAGGAAGAAAUUGAGAUUGUCGCCGCACCAAGAUUUCCCCUUUGACAGCCAAAUUCCGGUGCCGACGUUUCCAAAUAACCUUCUAGGUCCGAGUAACGUAUUUCGUUGUCUACCCGAAAAUACUCCUGCUGGCAUGCAGGGAGCCAGGCAUGCUCAUUAUGGUCUUCCAAUAUCGGAUCACCACCUCAGUAAAGUUCAGUCAGGUCUAUUUUCGGCCGGUUUCGUGCCUUUUGAUCAUGCUACUAAACUACCUACUGUCUCUAAUAACCUAAUGAUGCAAAAAUCUAGCAUGAGUGAGAAUGUGUCUUGCUUAUUAUCUAUGGCAAGUUCUACUCAGUCUUCGCAGAAAUUCGAUGACAAAAAACCUCAGCUUGUUCUUUUCGGCCAAAAAAUUCUCACUGAGCAACAGAUCUCUGGUGUUCGUUCAUCAGAUGGAAAUGCCGAUAAAAUGAGUAACUUCUCCGAUGGUUCGCGAACUCCUCUUCAUCAACAAGGCUUACAGAAACACCCCUCUUGUGACAGUUUCCCAAGGUAUAAGGAUAACAACCAAGAAACUGAGACGAGUUUGGAGAGUACUACUGAUCACUGCAAAGUUUUUCUCGAAUCGGAAGAUGUUGGUCGGACAAUUGACCUCUCUUUACUUGAGUCUUAUGAUGAACUGUACAGAAAGCUGGCAGAGAUGUUUGGCAUAGAUAAAUAUGAGAAGGUAAGUCGCGUGCUCUACCGGGAUAUAUCAGGAGCAGUCAAAAACAUUGGAGAUGAACCAUUCAGUAAAUUUACAAGAACAGCAAGGAGGUUGACUAUUCUAAUGGAUUCAAGAAAAUAAAUUAUUCUUUCAAUUUGUACAGCUGGUUCAUGAAAUCCUUCAUUGAGCAAUCGAAGGAUGCAAAGUGAUCUAAUUUUUUAAUGUUUGGAUUUUGAAAUUUUCAAUGUAGUGAUCAAAAUUUAUUUUAAUUACCUUGCUUAA